AUGCACGGACAACCAGCUUUGCCCAUCAUCCUCAUCAACGGAUACCCAGACGUCCCGACGUCUGUCGUCGCCAACAAACUUGACGAUCAAAUCACGAUUUGGGAUGUCAAACGUCUCCUGGGACUCGGCUAUCGUGAAGACGGGGUCCCAGUCGCGCAGUCCAAAGAUUCGUUUAACACUUGUUAUGUGUUUACGGAUUUCAUUGUCGACGACUUGAAUGGGCAAAUCACCAUGGAGAAGUACAGCGAGAUGGCAAAAAAUCGCGGAUGCCCUUUGAUUGUCAUCAACCUCGUAUGCCAUCCAGGUGAGCGUCGCGGCAGGACGCCGAUGUGGAGGGGCCCCAAUGGUCUCUUCUGGACAGAACUCAAUGUCUCGACAGAAAGUGCCAAUUCGAUGGCGACGAAGAUUGCAGGCCACGCGACACUCGAGGCCUUUUCAUUUUGGCAUUGCAGUUGA